CCCGACGCGGGACGCGCUGCCAGAGUCAACGCCGUACCCGGACAAUAUCACGGAUGGUUGAUCAUCCGAGCCCCCCCUCUCAAAACUCUCACCGCCGACGGCCUUGCAGUGCACAGACUAGACGUAUGCACUGACAUACACGACCACCUUGCACACACUAUGUCUGCUGCCAAGAUGGCGCGCUGGAAGGGCACCCUCGAUAAGGCCAAGACGAACUUGUCGUCCGAGCAGCUGGAGAAGCUCGCUUACAUCGCCGCAUGGCAUACCCGCGAGGGCGACUUUGCGGACUCGGUGCAGAACAAUCUGGAAAUCGUCGAAUGCAAUACGUUCGUGCGCCCUGGAGACGAGAAGACCCAUGCGCGGGUUGUGUAUGAGGCGACGGUCACCAAAGAUAUGUGUAACGCGCACGGUAUGAUGCAUGGUGGAUGCGCUGCGUAUCUGGUGGACUGCUGUACCUCUAUCGCUCUUGUCGUGAUGGGACUUGCAACGGGUGGCCCUGUAGACUUGGUAUCACAGUCUCUGAGCACGACAUACCACGCCGGGGCAAAACUUGGCGACAAGAUACAGAUCGUUAACAUCUCCACCGCCGCUGGCAAACGCGCGGUGACCGCUCGUGCAGAGAUUUGGGAUUUGACAACCAAACGCCUAGCCGUCACUGGGAAUCAUGUCAAGAUGGUGCCGAGCAAGUCUGACUUCAAGCUUUGAUCGGCGAGUGGCCGUUGGAUGCCUUUAUUUUUGCUAUAUAUCUCCGCGAUCUCGUGCCGUGCUUCGACGUCCAUCCUGAUUGAUUAAGCUUUUGACCGGCAGUUCUCUUGGUCUGCAUACCUUUCAUCCAUAAACGCAUUGAAUCUUACGAACACUGACGCCUCGUUAAGCUGUGACGGUGGCCCGAGCACCUAUGCUACUCAUAUCGCUGGGCACCAGAGUUAGCGGGUAUAUCACGCCGAUUGAGUGAGCAGUGUGCGACACUCUCGUUAUUGACCUGCAUAAAUCUCAGCUUAUCCUCCGGUUGAUCACAUCUCUUUCCCGGUCAAUGUAUCAUGGCGUUCUGUUCUCCUUCCAAUCGCACGCCAACAAACGCUUCACAGUGUGCUCACAGGUGCUCACAGAUGGGACU